AUGCGGCGGGGAAACUGGAGAGCACUCUCGCCCCCCUCUGAAGCGCCUAUGACUCAAGGGAGCUGAAGAGGCUCCAUCAGUCCCCUCCAUCAGGCCCCUCCCUCUGCACAGCUUCCCCCAGAGUGCCAGGAAGAGCUGCCGAACCACGCGUCUCCACAAGAAGAAAAACAGAGAGGGAGAGAGCAGGAAGGGAGGGAGAAGAAGAGAGAGAGAGAGAGCAAGAAAGCCACAGCAGCACUAAGCUGGCCCACUCAACUCUGGUGCUAGUGUUGCUCCCGUGAUGUCACGAGCAUGUGACCCAGCCUCUCCUGUGACAGCAUUUUGAAGGGAAGAAAAAAAAAGACAUUUUUAAAGCUUGUGCCUUUUUGGGUUUUGUGUGAAGGCUCCACUCACCUCCCGAGCAACCACAGAACCACAGAAGUUCAGCUUAAGGCUUUUCGCACGGGGUGCUCCAGGCGGCGCAUAAAUGGUUAAUUGUCCCGGGUCAGCCUCGGGCUUAAGGACCUCAGCAGCCAGCAGUAAGUACGCUUCAACCGCACUCUUCAAAUGCAGCAAGCUUGGCUCCAUCCUCUCCCAGUGAGGGUGACAUUUUUUUUUUUUUUUUUUGCUGUAGCCAGACCUGGUCAUUACUUGUGGUCAUGAAAAUAGUUGAUACGAAAGCACAAUUCUUGUGGAUGUUUUUCUUUUUUUUUCUCCUCCCGCAUUUUCUCCUGGCAUGAUGCGCGCUCCCUAAGUUGAGGACACAUCAAAGGUCAUCGAAACCAUAGAGAAACAAAAUUUGUCCGCGGAGUGACCGUUAGUGGUGGCAAUGGCAUCCAACAGCCUCUUCAGCUCGGUGACACCUUGCCAGCAAAACUUCUUCUGGGAUCCCAGCGCCAGCCGGAGGUUCAGCCCCCCGUCCAGCAGUCUGCAGCCGGUGCCGGUGAAGAUGAACGAGGGGACCCCGGUCGCGGGGAAGCAGGACGCGUCGGGACCGAGGCUCCGUCCCGCGGACAACCGCUCCAUGGCGGAGAUCAUCGCCGACCACCCGGCCGAGCUGGUCCGCACUGACAGCCCCAACUUCCUCUGCUCCGUGCUGCCCUCCCACUGGAGGUGCAACAAAACCUUACCCGUCGCCUUUAAGGUAGUCGCUCUGGGAGAGGUUCCUGAUGGUACAGUGGUCACAGUGAUGGCUGGAAAUGAUGAAAAUUACUCAGCUGAGCUGCGGAAUGCCUCAGGUGUAAUGAAGAACCAGGUAGCCCGCUUCAAUGACCUGCGCUUUGUGGGCCGUAGUGGAAGAGGAAAGAGCUUCACCCUGACGAUUACAGUGUUCACAAAUCCACCGCAAGUGGCCACUUACCACAGAGCCAUUAAGGUGACCGUGGACGGACCGCGCGAGCCAAGGAGGCACCGGCCGAAGUUGGACGACUCUCCUAAGCCGGGCCUGUUCUCCGACCGCCUGAGCGAGAUCGAGCGUCUCCGGCAGACCACCAUGAGGGUCGCUGUGCCAACACAAACCCCACGACCUUCCCUCAACACCCCCAACUCCUUCUCUCCUCAGGGCCAGAGCCAGAUUUCAGACCCCCGCCAGUCGCAGUCCUCCCCUCCAUGGUUUAAUGAGCAAGCGUACCCAUCGUAUCUGAGCCCCAUGGCGUCCCCCUCAGUGCACUCCACCGCCCCUCUGUCCUCCAGCCGUGCCACUGGCCUGCCUUCCAUCAGCGAUGUGCCCCGCCGCCUCCCAGGUUCUACAGACCUGAGCCCUUUCCCUGGGCAGUUUGAGCGCCAGUUCCCCGGUUUCUCCUCCCUCACUGAGAGCCGCUUCUCUAGUCCGCGGAUGCACUACCCGGCUACUUUCACCUACACGCCCACCCCGGUCACCACAGGCAUGUCCCUGGGUAGUGCCCACUACCACACCUACCUGCCCCCACCCUACCCAGGCUCCACUCAGAGCCAGAGUGGACCCUUCCAGAGCAGCAGCACUCCUUAUCUCUACUACGGCGCCUCCUCUGGCUCCUACCAGUUCUCUAUGGUCCCGGGAGGAGAUCGCUCGCCAUCCAGGAUGCUCCCCACCUGCACUAGCGCCUCCACAGGGACCACCUUGGUCAACCCCAGUCUCCCCGUCCAAGCGGAUGGUGGGGGAGGCGUGGAGGAUGACGGCAGCCAUAGCAACUCCCCCACUGUGCUAAAUGCAGGGGGGAGGAUGGACGAAGGCGUUUGGCGGCCUUACUGACCGAGAACUGAACUGUAUUAGUGCGACGUGGGGAGCAGGAGCUAAAGGAUCCUGUGCGUCUCUCACAGGAGAACUCCAAACCAAAGACAUGGUUUUAAAGCACAAACCUUACCAGGAUUCCCGUCCUACCUUUGCUGAGCUAUUCACUUUUUGCUAUGUUUAUUUUUAGAGUUAAAUGUUCAAAUAAUUUUGGAUUUUUUUCGUAUUUAUGAAACAAGUGUUUAAAAAAAAAAGUAUUUUAAAGCAAACUCUCGGGACAGUUGUUUUGUAUAACUGUAAUAUAAGGGCCGUUAGUCUAAAGCUAAUAGCCGUCAGCAUAUUCACGGCUAAACAACUAACCUAGAUAUGGUUCGACUGCUCUGUUAGCUCUCAGUCAAGGCUGUUAGCCGUAGCAUGAAUUGAGUUUUUGCGUACAGUAUAAAGCACUGAGAAGCAGUGGGUUUCAAUUGAAUAUGACAAAGUUUGUUUGCUAGGAUACGUUUUCUUUUCUUUAACUUAAGUAAUUUAAAUUAUGCAUAUUUGGAGAGAGAAUAUUGAGUUGUAAGUUAUAAAGCCAUAAAUUAACUAAUGUAUUUGGAACUUGAUUCAUAGAGGGAAUAUUUUUGUAAUGCAUCUAUGUUCAAGUUGAUGAUGAAAUGAAUAUGUAAUUUAAGGAUAGUUUGAUUUUCUGUGCCUUAAGCUUAGUGGUUUAGCAGAACUAGAAUCUGAUAUAUGUUUUUUUUUUUCUUCAUCUACGUACACUUCAUUAUAGAGAAGCUCUGUUCAUAGGUAGCAGGUAGGCAAGCUAGUCUGAAUUAUUGCUUCAUUGCUCGGUACUUAAAGCUCUGGUUGCCUUGUAAUGUCUGUCUUCAAACCAAAGAGAUGGUUACAUAAAAAUGUAACCUUAAAAAAUGUUUGCUGAAUUAUAUUCUUCUUCUUUUUGUGUGUAUGCAGUGUGCUCAGAUGUUUCAGUCAGUGUUAACUAUGCUUCAUGAGAAAAUGAUGAUGAUCAAAGGGCUAUAACCGGAAUACCAAAGAUUCUGCAGGGGGUCUGCUGUGCACCCACCUGAAGGCUGAAUCAGUGUACUGGAACCUAGAAUGUACCUAAUGAAUGCCACACACAGUAAUGCACAGAGAAUGCUGCGUUUGCCUUUGGUAUGGUAUUACUCAGUGUAUUGGCAGCUAAAAGAAUUCCCAAAGAUAAUGUCAUGAUUUUUCAUAUGUGUGUUUGGAAUACAGCUUUUUCUGCUGGUUUGUUAGUUUUGGUACAAUCCUGGACAUUAUGGUUGCACAUAUGGUUGUUAUGUUCUUUAUGGAUUUGUUUUUGUUUAUUUUUUCAGUUAUGAUAGUAACAUUUGUAAUGGAAAUGUUUGACCCAUACAGUAAUUGGUUUAAAACCAAACAAUUAAAAAACUCAGGAUUUGAAUUUGAAUGGUUUCAGUUGACUAGACCUGGCAAGCUAAUAUGCUAACGCCAAAGGAAUCCACUAGUUUACAGGAACUGCAUGCCUUCUUCAUUAUUAGUUGGGACUAUGGUACUAGAGAAAAUGGCAUGUACACCUUUAAUACUUUUGGUCAGUAAUUAUUCACAGGUUUAAAAGUUGUGUUAAAUUUAACACAGUUUGUAUGGCUGUGGUAUGAGUUGUUCCAGACUUGGUUUCUGCAUGAUUUUCUUUUUUUCAUUAAUUAGGGGUUGUUACUCAACCCAUUCAAUGGUACUGUCUGUCAGGACAGCAGGAGUUAUCAUCCUCUUUUGAUUUGCCUCCCUAACCGCAGUGCCUUAUAACACACUACAGAAAAUGCAAAAAAUAAAUAAAUAAAUAAAUAAAAGGAUGAGAGAGCAUUUAGAAUACAGAGUGUAAGUGUAUCAAUUGCAAUGACUUGAGGCCUUGGAUGACGCAAACCAAAUCAAUUUUCCAGCAUUUUAGAACAGACUGUUCUCAGAAAAAUAGAUAAUGCAUUCAUUUCCACAGUCAGAUAAGACAAGCACUUAGCCAUUAUUACAGUUCAUAUGCACCAUCAUCACACCACUCAUCUUAAUGAAAUUAACUAUACUGGAAGUCCGCCGGAAUUACAGCCUAAUUUCACUUAUACAUGAAUAUGUAUUUUGAGUUAAAGUCUUCCUGUCUUAAAGGAUUAUUCCAGUAGCUUCGAAAUGCACAAUUUAUCUUUUUUACCAUCAUCUCUGGCGGCUUGUUUUCGGUUCAGAUCAGUUCACACAUAAUGAUGAUUACAUUAUCAGUGUAUGGACCCAGUGAACUGUUAGUGAGCAAAGCUUUACAUUUGUUUACAAAAUGUUUACAGUGUUGUGAGUGUAGGUUGUUAAUGUAUGAGGUAAAUAUUCCCCCGUCGUGCUCGUGCUUAUUAAUUUUCCUGAUUUAUAAACUAUUUUAUCUUCUUUGGUGAAAGAAGCAGAUUGAUGGGGGCCGUUUUGUAGCAUUUUUUUUCUCUGGAGCUUGCAUGCUUUUGCUUCACUUGCACAAAUGUGUUUUAUUUAUCGUGUUUCUGACCUCUGAGGUCUUUUCUCUUAUAUCAUUAUUGAACGAUGGCUUAAGGGAACAGUCGUCAUGACAACAGUGAAAGAAAUUGGCAUUUGGUAUGGUUGUACAUUGUUGUAAUUGUUUACUUUUAUAAGGGCAAUAAAAGACAUUUUGCAAUGAG